UUUAUUGUUUUAUAUUUUAGAUUGUUAAGCUCUUAAUUAGAUGAUUUCGUUCGUCAUAAAUUCAAAGGUUUUCUUUUUAAUACUUAGUUUGCACCUAUGGGUUUCCGUACGAUCCCUCUCGCUAACGCUCCGGAUUAAUGCAUUAGUGCUCGUCAUUGUCAUUUACGGUCACCAUUUCGUUUGAUGACCAUUGCAACAAAAAUGCCAUUGUUUUGUUCUAGAAUUGCGAUGAUACGCACUGCAAACUGUAAUACGAAGAACUAAGUUAUGUAACCAGUUUAAAGGUAAUGUAAACAGGUAUAACCUGUUUAAAGAAAUCCAUUUAAUGAAUUAGAACGUGCACAGGGGGUAACACAUUAACCAGGUAAACAUCAUUUGCAAAAGCAGGCAAUCGCAAGAAAUCAAAAUGAGUUUUAGCAAGGAUGUGACCUUCCUGAAAUAAUAUUUAAAUAAAAUUUUGAACAAUGAUGUUGUUGAAUUCUGCAUUAAGCAGCUGUGAAGUACUUUUCAUUUACAUACGCUCGAUCAAUACAAACUUCAACACCUAAUAGAAUAUUUUCAUGCAUCAAAUACGAUGGCAGUAAAUAUCCUUAUGCGUAAACUAGUAAGGACAACAAAGAAAAAGUAUUAAGAUAUGUAGACAAAGUAUUCUUAGUACAUCGAAAGUAAUUCUAAAGCAUUUGGGUAUGGGGGAGCUUUAUUUUAGCAACAGAUAAUAGAUUGAAUAUUUUAUAUUUGCUAAUCGUUUAUCAAAAAUCCGGUGUAUACCUGAAGCUAUAAACUCGUCGCGGAGGUGGAGCAAGUAGGCGUUCAAACAGAAGCAUUCGGAGACCGGCAAAGCCGACAGACUUCCGGGAGCGUUACUGACGGCAAGACAAUAAUGGACGCUUUCAAAAACAAGGAUUUCUAUUUCAUUGGACUCGAGUGUGUGUCGGAUUAUUCAGUUUACCUAGCAUGUUUGUGUUUUACUGGCUUCUUCGUCAUGUUGACUGUCGUUAUCAUCUGGUUUUACUGCCGGAAUGCAUUGCGCUUUUCCCUGAAUUGGAAACGUGAUCAGCCUAAAGUAAAACAGAAAAAGAUGGCUAAAGAAGACGUGCAGAAAUGCUUACAGUGGCUGUUGAAUGCUCAGAGCGAGUUAGAGACAGACCCAUUUGGGAUAUGCAAGACAGCCAUAUUAGAGGCUUCUAUUCGACAACAGAACAGAAGUACUGAACUUCUUCAAUACCAAGACAAUAUCAAAAAGGUCAUGGCCCGGCAUGCUGUUUCUGAUGUGGACACAAAAGAAAUAUCUAAUUCAUAUGAAUCCGCGAUGGCUAUAUCCUCCAAACGCACAUCGUGUAUGGAAGUUUUAAGUGGUAUAGCGUCGCUAGAGGAAGGAAUCGAGAAUUUGGCCUGUGACUUUGAUGCACGUGCAGUGCAUCUGGUAAAUUUAGGAAAGAAUAGCAAAGACACUGGAUCUAAGUCACAGAGCAAUGAAAGUUUAGUUACAACAGCAAAAAACUGCCAUAUUGCUGUCAGAAACAACUGGCGGUGGGUCGACACCAUGUUGCAGUGUUCUCAGGUCCACCUCAGGAACGCCGCCAUGUUUCACGAGUUUUUUCAUGAGGUGGACGAAGUGGAGUACUGGAUGAACACGACCUUAUCCCGGAUACAUUUGACCUUUGAUAGAUCCAAACUCAGCGGCGACCAUUCAGAUGUCAAGGUCAUUCAAGAGGAAAUGAAGGAUAUGUUGUUGGCCUAUUUGCAAUGGCAGAGCAAAGUUGACAGCCUGUUUGACAGGGCACGUGACAUCGUUCCCAUCCAAAUGAGGCUAGAGAAGAUCGAGCAACCACGGCCGGUCGUUUCGCUUGCAGACUACAAAACCAACGAGAUAGAAUUUUCAGAAGGAGAUACCUUAACACUCCUUGACAACAGCAAGAAAGGGAGUUGGCAUGUGAAAAAUUCACAGGGACAGUCGGCAUGGGUUCCAGCUGUUAUUAUCCUCCUUCGCGGACCGUCCAGUGAGGCUCUAGAGGCUGCAAUCAGGUUACGCAUUCAACUGUUAACAAUGUGGACAACUAGUAUCAAACGUCUUGGUUACCAGAUGAUUGCAUUCAUGGGUUUAGUAUUCAGAGACUGGACGGACCAAGAAAUUCAGAUGCUUCAGUGUAUGUCUGACGAGGAAAAGAAGCAGUUGUUGAAUGUGCUGCAGUACAUUGAAGAAACACUCCUCAAAAACUGGAACGGCUACGGAGGAUUCGAAGAACUUCAAGAGAAAAUUCUCAGAUUGCGCAUGAUUUUGGAGGAAUCGGAUGGAAAAGUGAUCACAGAAGAUCCAGAGGCUUUAACACAAGUUGUCGUUCAGAUAAAGUCCCUCAGAGACCUUCUCAACAACUACAAGGAUUUUUGGGCUUACUGGGAGACAUACAAAGGGAUCGUGGAACUGUUGAAGGCACCAAAGUUUCUGCUUGUCUGUGAUAAAUGGGAUGAGCUGAAAUUUGUGACUUCUGCUCAUUUCGUCAAAUUUUGGGAUACAACGCUAGACUUGGGUAAAGAAGACCUUACUCAGGCUACCUCCGUAACAGUUUUUGAGACUCCCAAGGAACCAUUUCCGUCCGAAAACAGAAAACCUAUGGAAGAGCUACUUGUUUGUCAAGUUCAGCCUCUUCAGCAGGAGACAGAUUCUGUAGAUACUAUAGAUGCUAUAGAGGAGGAAGAGUCUUAUCAGACCUACGAAGAGACAACUGUGACGUCAACAGACCAGGUGAUGUCAUCAGUAGAAGAGGAGCGUUCAACUUUCGUUAUUACAUCCGUGACUGACCCACGUGAUGAUGAACGAGAGUUAUCGCUCCAGGAGGCCAUCAUGUUGGGAAUUAUCGAUCAAACGACCAACACUUACAUAAACCCCGACACUGGUGACACUUGUUCCAUCACUGAGGCCAUGAACAAUGGCAAUAUCAUGUUUGAAUUCACGUCUAGGAAGAAAAUUCGCGAAGAGAAAAAAUCCUAUGGCAUAAUCUCCAUUAAAACAACAAAGGAAAAUAGGCCGUACACAAUAAACUGUGUAAUUAACCCAACAACGGAGCUGGAAAUGUCAUUGGCGCAAGCCACUACUGAAGGAAUCAUUAACAAAACCGAUUCCACUUACAGGACUGAAACAGGUGAUUUGAUAAGUAUCGAUGAUGCAAUUUCUAGUGGCCUUGUCAAAGUAGAAUAUCAUAAUGGUGGAGAGCAUCAUGAAGCAGAGAGUACCACAAGAACGUAUGCAGUCCAUGGAGUACUGGACCAAAGAACAAAACAGAAGGUGUCGUUUGCAGAUGCAAUUAGUAAAGGUCUUCUGGACAAAGAGAGUGGGGAAUAUGUUAACAAUGUUACAAAUGAAAGGUUUCCGGUUCAAGAUGCCAUUAUCAAAGGUUUCAUAAAAGCCAGAGUCGUAACAGAUACAUCUAAAUUAGAUGUAGAUCCGGAAAAUAAAAUGGUUGUGGAAAAGUUUGCAUCCAUAAGAUCUAAGCUUCAGGCUGCUAAAGCAUUCCAUGGAGUAGCCAAUGGACACAGCUAAAUAUUCUAACAUUUACUGUUUCUUUAUAUUUUCGGUGAUUCUUAGCAAUUAGAAAAAAACUAAUGUAAAAUUUGCCAUCAUGACACAUCAUAUAACAAAGAAAUUAGUGUUGAUUUUUUUUUCAAUCCCUAAAAAGCCAUCGCGUUGAUAGUGCUACUGUUAGGGAGAACGCAGAGCUAAAUGAAACUCUAUUAGAUAGCUGUAAAGUCACAUAUAUUGCUUGUAAACGAAACGCGACGUCUUCCAGAAAGUAUUCAUACUAAGGACCACGUGACCCUACAUUGUGCGUCGUUUUGGAGAAUGCUGAGAGUUUUCAAUUUUCCCCUGAAUAAAUGAUUAUGAAACUUUCCUUUGUUCAUAUGCGUGUGUACGUUUAGACUUUAAUUAGAAGGACCGUUUGCUAUUGAUAUUUAUUUAUGACUAUCAUUGAUUAACAAAUACUACAUGUAUGCAGCAGAUUUUUUCAACUUGUAUAGUUUUUUUAAAGGUUCUUUUAUAAACUUAUGCUUCUUUUAUAAAUUAUGCACGUAUAAAGUUGACCUAUUAAUUAAAAUAUAUGCAAAAUA